CUUGUAUAUAUAUAAAUGUCAUCGAACUCUGAGAGCCAACGGUUGCUAAUGAAAAUGAAGCAUCAACCAUACACUGGAGAUGACCUGACCAUCACCACUCAAGCUCACCGGAAACCCGAGUCAAAGACAGGUGGCACCCGCCAUCCUGUGUUCCGCGGCGUCAGGAAGCGACGGUGGGGAAAAUGGGUGUCGGAGAUCCGGGAGCCCCGCAAGAAGACGCGCAUUUGGCUAGGCUCUUUCCCCGCUCCAGAAAUGGCAGCCAAGGCAUACGACGUCGCGGCAUACUGCUUGAAAGGCCGCAAGGCGCAGCUCAAUUUCCCAGAAGACGUCGAGCACUUGCCGCGGCCGUCCACCUCCACCGCCAGGGAUAUCCAGGAGGCUGCAGCGAAGGCGGCGCAGGCCGUGGCGUUGGUGGGGAAGAAGGGAGGCGGCCACGACUCCAGGUCGGACGGGGAAGAUUUCUGGGCUGAGAUUGAAUUGCCGGAGUUGAUGGUUAGUGGGUGUCAUUGGAACUCGUCACGUGGGUGGUCGUUUGCUGGAGAUCACAUCUCAUGGCCUGACGGGGAGGUUCCACCGCCGUUCAUGGCAUGCCUCUGAUGGUAUUUUUUUUCGUUGUUUAUGUGGUUGGCUUGGUUGGGCUGGCUCCAUAUAUGUACGUACGUAUAUGCAACUUGGUCGUCUGUUGCUGCUCUUAUGUAAAACUUUCUUCUAAUUUUAAUUAUUCAGUAGCUCAAAAAAAUAUACUAUUUUUUCUUUGUUGAAUGCUCACAAAAUAUCCAUACCAUUAUCAGUAUUAUAUCUUUUAUUUUUUGGCAUAUUA